CCGCUCCCUGAGGCGAUGGCCCCUGCCGCCAUUUCCUUCAGCCCGCUGCGGCCGCCAUGGCGGCGGGGCGGCGCCCCUGAGGCGGGGAGGGGCCGCGCCGCCUCAGAGCCCGCGGCCAUGGCGGCGGCGGGCGGCUUCGUGAGGGAGCUGGAGCGGCGGGGCGGCCCGGCGCUGCGGCUGGAGCAGCGGGAGGCGGGCGACGUGGGCUGUGUGGUUUGGGACGCGGCGUUGGUGCUCGCCAAAUUCCUGGAAACCGGCGCCUGUCCCCUCGCCCGCCGAGCCGUCCUCGAGCUGGGCGCCGGCACCGGCGCCGUCGGGAUCAUGGCGGCCACGCUGGGGGCGAACGUGACGGUCACCGACCUGGAGGAGCUGCAGGAGCUGUUGCUGGUUAAUAUAGAGAACAACAAACACCUCGUCACGGGGUCAGUCCGAGCCAAGGUACUGAAAUGGGGUGAAGAUGUCACAGAGUUUCAGCCGCCCCCUGAUUACAUACUCAUGGCUGAUUGCAUUUACUACGAGGAGUCGUUAGAACCGUUGCUGAAGACACUGAAAGACCUGACUGGCCCUGAUACGUGUGUCUUGUGCUGUUACGAACAGAGGACUAUGGGGAAGAAUCCUGAAAUAGAGAGAAGGUACUUUGAGCUGCUUCAGGCGGACUUUGAGCUGGAAAAAAUUCCCCUGGAGAAGCACGAUGAGGAGUAUCGCAGCGCAGACAUCCACAUCGUGAAUAUCCACAGGAAGCGAGCGCUGGCUGGAGCUCUGGAGAAGACGGAGAGAGCAUGAAACAGCUCCGCAACGGGACUGCCUGCAGCGUGGUUGGUGACUCACCCGCGGAACGCUGCUGGACUUGGCACGAGGCGCGGGGAGGAGCGGGCUCCUUCCCCCAGAUGCCCUGAUAGCCCCGUUCUGAGCACACACCGAUCUCCUGCUGCCUGCAGGAGAAGAGGAAGGCUAAAAUGGAACCAGAGCUUAAUCCAGAGCAGCACUGGUUGCGUGGUCAGGUUAACUCCUGGCUGAGCACUCCCAAAGCACACCCAAGGGCGCUGCAUGGAAGUCUCCGUGCCAUAAAGCAGCACCACCCGCCCUGUCGGAGGAGAAACCCCCGUGAGGGGGCUCAAACAGGCCCGGAGAGCCGCUCAAUAAAACUUUUCCACUCGA